CAAAAAUACAUUUUUAUUAGCUGACAGCACAGUGGUGUCUAAAAUCCACUCAGCACUUCAAGGGAGGGAGGGAGAGAGAGAGAGAGAUGGAGAGGAGAGAGAAAGGGAACGAGAGAAGAGAGACAACCGAAAGCCUGAAACAGAAACAGAGUAACAGACUCAUUAUCUGAGGCACGACUGUACACGUGUUCUAAUGACGUGGCAAUCGGAGAGUUCCGAAAUUCCCGCAGGUGGAGCCGCCAAAUCAUUCUUCCUCCGAGUUCAAGGGUUUCUAAGUUUCUUCUCCAGUGAGGGAGGGAAGGAAAGGAAUUAAAGGUUCAACGACUAGGGCAUUUUUGCAUUUUCUCUCUCUUUUCCUUCUUUUAGUUUGAAGGAGACGAAGGAUAGAGAAUGGGAACCCUAGAUUCUGGAAUCGAUUGAAUGCGAUGGCAAUUAAUACAUGUGAAGUGGUCCUUUAGGCAAUAUUUGGAUGGUUUCAAAGCAUUACCCUUCAACAUACUGCAAAUACUCAAAAUGAAACCAAAAGCAAAUGGAAUUUCUAGAGCUGAAAAGUCAAAAAAAAUUCAAGAAGGACCUAAUUGGAUCCUUAUCAUAGGAGGUGCAUUGUUGAGUACUCUAUCAAUUCGGGUUGGUUACAAGCUCAAGCAAGCUCUAUAUACAAAGAGACCAGACAAUGGAAAUAAAAGGUCUGUUGACAAGAGGAGACCAGGCACUUGCAUAUCACACUCAAAUCCAUAUUCUUUUGCACAAGACGAAGAUAGCUGUUGCAAUGUAAUGGCCUUUCAGGGUGUUGAAACAGGGUUUUCUGAUGGCAAGGUGGAGGUUAAGCGUCCACCAACUGGCCUGAGAUUGCAGGACACUGAUCUGGCACUACCUUUGGUCAAAAUUCCAGCUCUGGAGUCAAAUAAAGAAAAUGGUGUGAUCUGGGCAUCUUCUCCUGAUCGCCUUGAGCUUCCACCAAGGCCAUUCCAUCACUCAAAUAGCUCAGACUCUCUCUGUGUAUCAGAAUCUGGUUCUGACAUAUUCACUAAGCGGGAAGUAAUACAAAAGCUAAGACAACAGUUAAAGAGAAGGGAUGAGAUGAUCCUAGAAAUGCAGGACCAGAUCACAUCAUUGCAAAGUUCACUCAGCAUCCAGCUGGCUCACUCAACCAAUUUGCAAUCGCAGCUUGAUGCUGCAAAUCGGGACCUGUUUGAAUCAGAGAGAGAGAUCCAGCGUCUGAGGAAAGCUAUAGCAGAUCACUGUGUGGGAGAUAGAAGUCCUGAGAAGUCUAUUGCAGUCAGGAACUGGUCAGCAGGACAAAAUGGGCAUGUGAAUGGUUUUAUUGAUGGAGAGAGCAACCUCGAGGUGGUGGACAAGGGAAGAGGAGAUGGAGAGAGGAUUGAGAUGCUGAAGAGAGAGGUGGGAGAGUUAAAGGAAGUUAUUGAGGGAAAGGAGUACUUGCUGCAGAAUUACAAGGAACAGAAAGCUGAACUCUCUUCAAAGGUCAAGGAAUUGCAGCAGAGAUUGGCUUCUCAGGUACCAAGUAUUUUGUAAACGCUCAGUUUUAUCUGUUCUUGUUUUAAAUUUUCUCUUGUAUUGUUACUCCAGGGAAGAAGAAACUUUUCUUCUUCACUUGGUUUGCAUGCUCCUUGCUGUAUAGACUGUGUGCACGCAUGUUAUUAGAGAGAGCACUAUGAGUUUACAUGGAAAUGGCUUCCUGAUUGAUGAACAAAUUGAAAGUUGUGACUACACCGUCCAACACAAAUGAACAAUCAAAUUAUGAUGGACAACCUGGAAAUGGGAUCACUACCCUCAGUGAUUAUGCUGUACUUCUGCAGUAGUUGCACUUUUGGCGAAAGGCUAGUGGCACUAACGGGCUUAGAUGUUUGAUUCCCGCAUGUAAGUCUCAUGGCCGAGGCUGUGGUAUGUUUUACCAAGUACAUCUGGGAAUGAUAUAAUAUACAUUUGUGUAUAUUUUCUU